AAGCAGCGGCGGGCCGGAGGCGCCUGCUCCCCGCCGACAGCGAGUUCCAUCCCGCUGUCCGGGCUCCGCUUCCCGGGGGCGGUGCCUCGGUUUCUAACGGCUCGCGGGGAGGCGAGGGCUAGGCGGCUGCUCUCCGGGCUCCAGGCUCGGAUCGGCUUUGCAGCUUCUUCCUUACGCUGAUUCGUGGCUUCUUCCCUGCCUACACGGGAACGGACUGCGAACCCCGACUGAAAAUCUCCGCUUACCCCCACCUCUCUCUACAAUGGUCAUUUGCAUAUCUUACAGUUAAAGACAGAUUACCACAGAUCUUAACCAAGGCUAUUGAUACAUUGCAUCGACAUAAAAGUGAAUUUUUCGAGAAACAUGGAGAGAAAGGCCUGGAAGCUGAAAAGAAAGCAAUUUCUCUUCUUUCUAAAUUACGGAAUGAAUUGCAAACAGAUAAACCAAUUGUUCCUUUGGUUGAGAAGUUUGUUGAUACUGACCUAUGGAAUCAGUACCUAGAAUAUCAACAGAGCCUUUUAAAUGAAAGUAAUGGAAAACCAAGGUGGUUUCUCUCACCGUGGUUGUUUGUAGAAUGCUACAUGUAUCGAAGAAUUCAUGAAGCAAUUAUCCAAAGUCCACCAAUCGACGACUUUGAUAUAUUUAAAGAAUUAAAAGACCAAAAUUUCUUUGAGUCUCAGGAAUCUAUCAUUGCUUUAUGUACUCACCUGCAAGAGUUGAUGAAAACUAUUGAAGACCUAGAUGAAAAUCAGCUGAAAAAUGAGUUUUUUAAAGUUCUUCAGAUUUCACUGUGGGGAAAUAAGUGUGAUCUGUCUCUAUCAGGUGGGAAAACUAUUUCUCAGAAGAUCAAUUUAAUAAACUCUUUGGAAGACCUAAAACCUUUCAUUUUAGUGAAUGACAUGGAACAUCUUUGGUCAUUGCUUAGCAAUUGCAAAAAAAAAAGAGGAAAAGCAGCUAUUACUCGAGUGGAUAUUGUUCUGGAUAAUUGUGGGUUUGAACUUGUUACAGAUUUAGUAUUAGCUGACUUACUGUUGUCCUCUAAACUGGCUACUGAGAUCCAUUUUUAUGGGAAAACGAUUCCAUGGUUUGUUUCUGAUACUACUCUACAUGAUUUUAACUGGAUAAUCAAACAACUAAAACAUUCUAAUCAUAAGUGGGUGUCCAAAUGUGGGGUUGACUGGGAAAACCAUAUUAAAAUGGGCAGAUGGGUUUACCUCGAUCACAUGUUUUGGACUCUGCCUCAUGAAUUCAGUGCAAUGCCUCAAGUCGCUCCUGACUUAUAUGCUACACUACAAAAGGCACAUUUAAUUUUAUUUAAGGGUGAUUUGAAUUACAGGAAGUUGACGGGGGACAGAAGAUGGGAAUUUACCGUUCCAUUUCAUGAGGCUUUGAAUGGCUUCCACCCUGCACCUGUCUGCAGUAUAAGAACAUUAAAAGCUGAAGUUCAGGUUGGUCUGCAGCCUGGGCAAGGUGAACAACUCACAGCUUCUGUGCCCAACUGGUUGACCAUUGGGAAAUAUGGAAUAUUUCAGUUUGAUGGUCCACUUUGACUUGCUGUAGGAACUCUCAGUUGGGUAGGAAGAUCUGACAGUCACUCUUCAUCCCCAGAAAAGCUCUGGGAAGGUUGGCUUCUCAGUGCUCUUUGACACACACACUGACGCUUUCUCCUUUGAACGUUUUGCCCCGCUACAUUGUUUUGGGGAUAGGUGGAUUACACUGGUUACAGAUAGUUACAUUUAUGUUGGAAUUUUAGUAACUUAUUUCAAGUUAAAUGCAUCAUUUCAAAUGGUUUUAAUGAGCUUAUUUUCAAUUGGGCAGAAAUAUAAGUGAAUUCUGCUUUAAAAGUUAACAUUUUAAAAAAUACUGUGCUGCAUGGUAUUUAAUAUUCUAGGAGGCAUGGAAUUUUACUCAACUUGAUUUUGGGCUCUAGAGAUAAGGUCUCAGUGAAGAUAUAAUAUAUUUACAUGUUAAAUAUGCUUUGUAAAGAGAGGCAUUUUUAACAACUGUGAUAUCUGAACACACGAAAGUAAAACUUACCUCAUAAGUUAAUUCUUAAUUUUGUUCUCCUUGAAUUUUAUUUCAUUUCAAAAACCUGUAUUAUUUGCACGCAUUUGUAUUUUGAUUGACCUGUAGAAUGGAUGGUAGGAAACACAAAAUUGAACAGAAUGAAACAAAUAGUACUUGAAGAAAUGUAAUAUCUUUUACAGUAAUUCUAUUUGUGAUGUCCAUAAUCAACUGAAGUAUAUUAUUUUAACACAUAAAUGUUUUAAAUGAAUGGGAUUGCUCUACAGUUUAAAAAAAAUGCUUUAGGUAGGAAAGAUUCUUCUGCAUUGACUUUGUACUACCAACGAGUUAAUUCACCUUUUAUAAUCUUACACAUUUAUUGGUGAUCACAGCUAUUAAAGACUAAGUUUCAGGUCAGUUUGUUUUGAAACUGAAAUUGGAAAUAAACCUGGGAACGUUUUCUUGCACCAGAAUAAUAAAAUGAAUUGUAAAUUGUACUGAAAAUCUCACUGGUUUUAUCUUCCAGUGGGGGAAGGUCAAGAAGGGAAGAUUAAAAAUGAGGUCUUUAUGACGAAGAAACUCAUAAUGUAUAUUAUAGAUGUUGUCCAAGCAGUUGUUAAAUUAUGUCACUUAAAUGAAGUGAUAGUCUGUGCCCUUGCUAAGUGCUUAAAAUUGUUUUGGUAAAAUGUUUAUAUAAAGCUGCACAUUUUGGAUUUACUCAUUUCCUUAUCUACAUGUGUUCCUGUUUUAAACAUUGUUACUAAAAUACUGAGCACAUGAGAAUUACUUGUAGACACUUGCCAUAAACUAGAAGACAAUUGUAUAUUUGUAUUGACUUCAUAGCCACAGCAGGAGCUAUGGUAUAAUACUUUUUUCCAAAGCAUGGGAUUUUGUUUCUAUGUUCAUGUUUUAUUAAGAACAUGAGAUUAUGAGGAAGUAGUUCACCCUCUCCUACAAGAAAGAGAGCAAGGAAGCAAACUAGAGCCAGCAAGAAGUUGGCACCAUGGGAGAGGAAGUCAAGGCGGCACUUUUAAAAAUGCUUAUUUAGCAGGAGGGAGGGGCCUCUUGGAGUUUCACCAGUUGAUUUUUUUUUUUAAAUAAUUUUUAUUUUUUAUCUAUUUAUUUUUGGCUGCUUUUGGGUCUUCGUUGCUGCAUGUGGGCUUUCUCUAGUUGCGGCGAGCAGAGGCUACUCUUCCUUGUGGUGCGCGGGCUUCUCAUUGUGGUGGCUUCUCUUGUUGUGGAGCACGGGCUCUAGGCAUGCAGGCUCAGUAGUUGUGGCUCGCGGGCUCAGUAGUUGUGGCUUGGGAACUCUAGAGCGCAGGCUCAGUAGUUGUGGCACACGGGGUUAGUAGCUCAGUGGCAUGUAGGAUCUUCCCAGACCAGGGCUCGAACCCGUGUCCCCUGCAUUGGCAGGUGGAUUCUCAACCACUGCGCCACGAGGGAAGCCCUUAGCCAGCAUUCCUGAGAUAAAAUUCACACACAAUUCAUCCAUUUAAAGUGUACAGUAUUUUAGUACAGUAUGUUCACAGAGCUGUGCCCCCAUGACCACAGUCUAAUUUCGGAAAGUUUUACAUUCUCUAAAAGAAACCCUGCACCCGUUGGUAGUCACUCCCCAGCCCCCUCUCCUCAGCACUUGGCAACUAGUAAUCUGUUUUCCGUCUGUGGAUUUACCGGUUGUAAGAUGUAUCAGUACUUCAUUCCUUUUUUUUUUUCCUGAAUAAUAUUCCGUUGUAUGGAUAUACCAUAUAUGGGUCUACCAUAUUUAUCCAUUCAUGAGUGAAUGGACACUUGGUAUGUUUCCACUUUUUGACUAUUGUGAAUAAUGCUGCCAUGGACAUGCAUGUACACGUGAUUGUAUGUACGUGUGUUUUCAGUUCUCUUGGGUAUGUACCUAGGUGUAACAGUGCUAGAUCCUGUGGCAGUUACAUUUAACAUUUUGAGCGACUGCCAGCCUCCCAAAGUGUUUGCAGUGUUCUACAUUCCACAUGAGGGCUCCAAUUCCACAUCCUUGUCAGCACUUGUUAUUGUCUGUGUUUUUCAUUAUAGCCAUGCUACUGGGUGAGAAGCAGUAUCUCACUGUGGUUUCAAUUUGUAUUUCCCUGAUGUUGAACAUGUUUUCAUGUGUUUAUCGGUCAUUUGUAUACUUUUGGAGAAGUGUCUUCAAUUCUUUUCUCCAUUUAAAAAUUAGAUUAUCUUUUGUCGUAAGAGUUUUAAUUUUUAAAAUUAUGUUAUUUUUGGCCAUGUUGCCAUUCGUCAUGCAGGAUCUUAGUUCCCCGACCAGGGAUCAAGCCCUUGCCCCCUGUGGUGGAAGCGCAGAGUCUUAACCACUGGACAGCCAGGGAAGUCCCAAGAGUUUAUGUUUACUUAUUUUUUAUUGUAAGAGUUCUUAUAUCUUUUGCAUACAAGUCCCAUCAGAUAUAUAAUUUGCAAAUAUUUUCUCCCAUUCUAUGGGGUGUCUUUUUGUUUGCAGCACAAAAGUUUUACGUUUUCACGAAGUCUUCUUUAUGUUUUUUGUUUCUCUUCUGUUGGAAAACACUGGUUUUUGAACUGCUUCUUAACAUCACCUAAAGGCCUCUGAAAUGAGGGCUGGAGACACCCAAUGGACAGGGCUCUGCCUGUCGCCUUCUCCUGCUUCCCCACCUGUUUCUACCCCAGCAGGUUUGGCCUAUAUAUUCUGUUUGGUGUAGGUACAGAGGAGCACGAUGAGGGAAGCUGGGGCUCUGGAGUCAGCUGGGGGUGAAGUUUCCACUGAAGAGCUGAGGGAUCUUGGGAAACUCCUAAAAUAGCAUCUUCAGUUGUUUCAACUGCUAACAAUACCAUACUUGCUUAAGUAUGAAGUAACUCCUGGGUAAAGCAGCCUAUAAAUUUCAUGCAACCCUUUUUUAGCAAGACAUAGAUCCAGUAUCUUAGGUAUAUUAUGAUGAAAAUGUGGAUGAAGGGCAGGUAAAUAAUUAGGUGGAGGAUGGCGGUUUAUACUCCAUUGAUUUAUGUUACUUUUUGUGUUUUUUGUUUGUUUGUUUGUUUGCGGUACGCGGGCCUCUCACUGUUGUGGCCUCUCCCGUUGCGGAGCACAGGCUCCGGACUCAGUAGUUGUGGCUUGGGGACUCUAGAGCGCAGGCUCAGCAGCCAUGGCUCAUGGGCCCAGCCGCUCCGCGUCACGUGGGAUCUUCCCGGACCGGGACACGAACCCGUUUCCCCUGCAUCGGCAGGCAGACUCUCAACCACUGCGCCACCAGGGAAGCUCUAUGUUACUUUUUGAUUAAACAUGAAAUGAACAAGAUUUCUUGAGAUGACCCAGCUUUUUUCUGUAAUUUAAGGUGGCGUUUUGGUGUUUGAUAAAAUGCAGUAAUGCUUUUGAACUUUUUAAUAGCCAGAACCCAUGUUGUUCAACCUCAAGGUCAUGUUUCUAUAAAAGAAAUUCCCACUGCAAAAGGCAAUACCAGCGUAAUUCAAACCAUUUUCUUAGAUUUUAAGAAAACCAUAGGGUGAAUUGAAAACACAGUUCAGAGUUAGAAUUAUUAAAAUUUCCUCUCCCACCCAUUCUCCUAACAGCUCCCUCCGCCCAAGCCCUCACUGAGCCUUGUUCUGGAGCCUCUAACUCCACAAAACUUUCUCCCCUCUACUCUCCUAUUUCCCUGGACUGGGUGUGGGGAGUCGAGGAGACUCUGAACACUUCUACACAUGCGUGUCUUACUACCAUGAUAAAGUGCUAAUGCAGUGUCUGACAUUUAUGGUAUGCGAUAAAUGAUAUCCUGACAUUACAGAAAAUGAAUAAAGCAGAGGGAAAAAAUGAGAAAAAUAAUAAGGAUGUUAUUCCAUCACCUCCAAUACUCCUGUUAAGAUUUGGAUGUAUUUCUCCGUGCCUAGACAUAUUUUUUACAUUUUUAAGACAAAAAACAAAAACCAGGUUUGUACUAUUUAAAUUAAAAAAAAAUUUUGAAGUGGU